ACAACUACUUCUUUGAACUCAUAGACAGAAUCAUGAUCCUACCAACUCAAAAAUCAACUUAUAGCAGUAGAGGAGCUGAUUCUUGCUAGGUUCACGAUAUCAUGCGCGAGAUAGCCAUCUCGAAGUCAAAGGAGGAAAAUCUUGUUCUUAGACUCGAAGGGGGUCGUAGGCUACACAAUCAUGACACAGUUCGGCAUCUUUCCAUUACAAACAGCAGCGAGGACUGGGAGACAGAUGUCGGUGAAUUGAAGACAACAGUAGACAUGUCCCGAAUAAGAUCAUUAACAGUGUUUGGGGAGUGGAGGCCAUUUUUCAUUUCUGACAAGAUGAGGUUGUUGCGUGUGCUCGACUUGGAAGACACAAAAGAUGUACGUAAUCACCAUAUUAAGCAAAUAGGGGAGCUUCUUCACCUUAGAUACCUUUCUCUAAGAGGAUGUAUGCGCAUUGCUUACCUGCCUGAUUCUUUGGGUAACCUAAGGCAACUGGAGACACUAGAUGUCAGAGAUACGUUCAUACUCAGGUUGCCAAAGACCAUCACUAAUCUUCGCAAGCUAAAGUAUCUCCGUGCAAUUGUAGACAAAAUCACCUAUGAAGGAAUAGCAGAGGAACUACCAGAGGUCAUGAGGAACAUGCUAUGCAUUUUUACCGCUGCGUUGCUGUUGCUUUGUCUGGCAUGCACAACAAGUUCAAUUGGUAUGCUGGAUGAUGAGAUUAAUACCCGUGAGAUCUGCUCCAUGUUUUGCUGCAGUAUUCUCCCUAGCAUUGCUAUGCGCCUCCAAGGGAAUGGUGUAGUAGCACCAAGAGGGCUGAGGAGACUGACAGCCCUGCACACGCUAGGUGUGGUGGACAUCUCAUGGGAAUCAUCAGUUUUACAGGAUCUCAAGAAGCUCACCUAGCUGCGCAAAUUGGAAGUGACCGGUGUCAACAAGAAAAACAGCAAAAAGUUUUUUUCUGUCCUUGCCGCGCUCAGCCGCCUAGAAUCAUUGUCGCUGCUCUCGAAGGGAAAGCCAGGUCUCUGCGGCUGUCUAGAUGCUCAAGAAAAGUUUUCACCACCUAAGGAUGUCAAGAGCCUGAAGCUGCAAGGCAACCUGGUUGAGUUGCCAAAAUGGAUCAAGCAGCUCAACAAUCUCGUGAAGCUGAAGCUAUCAGAAACAAUGCUAAAGGAUCAUGAUGCUGCUAUACAAGUCCUUGGUAUGCUACCAAACCUGACCAUCCUAUGCCUGUCGCGUGAGUCGUUUCACUCGCUUGAGGGUGAAGAACUCAAUUUCUCGGAGGGAUCUUUCAAAAGCCUGGUGGUUCUCGAGCUCAACUUCAGUGGGAGCAAAUGUGUCAAGUUUGAACAAGGAGCGUUCCUCAAUCUUGAGCUACUGCUGCUUUCAGUUUACUAUGAAGAAGUUGAAACUAAGUUCUCUGGGCUAGAAUUUCUCCAAAGCAUCAAGGAAGUCCAGAUCGAUGGUUAUUGCCCAAAUAGGAAAGGAUUGAAGAAAGACUUGCUGGUCCAGCUUUCUCAGAAUCCAAAGAAACCCUUUCUGAAGACUGGCCGUAAUUUUUAAGCUGACUCUGAUGUUGGGGCUAAUGUUGUCUCCCUUGUGCUGCUUGGUUGUUGUCAAUCUAUCUCUCUCUCUCUCUCUACAUUUAUAUGUUGUAGUCAUUCAAUGAACAACUUAAUUUGCUGUUUUAUCCAAACUUUACUAAAGCUUUCCUUAAUCAUGUGUGGUGCGCGGUCACCAAAUUAAGUGUAUCAGGAAAGAUCUAUAAGUAGUACUGUAGUGAUGCUAGUGCAUAUAUAAUAUAUUCAUUUGUGCUGCUGCCA